CGCAUUUGCUCCGUUCCGUCAACCGUCUCACAGAACGAACAGCAACACGUACAUGCCGCGCCCGGCCCGCCCAACACGACUUGUGCAAAAUCCACCGUGGUAUAACAAGACCACGCCAUCAUCUGGCGACGGACCAGACUUUCCUCCCAUAUCUGCUUGCUUCGGGUCUUUGGUCCAUACGUACGCCAUGGCGACCGUCGGGAUCGGGCCGUACAGCGCUGCCACAGCGGGCGAGAAGAACGAGCCGACGAGGCCGCUCGCCUACCCGUCCCCGUCCAUCCACCCCGCGACCGGCGACGACAUCGAGGUCCAGGAUGCCGCGGCAACCACGGGCAAGCGCCGGCGCUCCAUGCAGUGCCUCCGCAGGCGCCGGUCCGUGCUCUGCUGCGGCGGCUGCUGCGUCGCCUCCGUGGUCAUCGCCGGGAUCGUCGCCCUCGUGCUCGCGCUCACCGUGUUCAAGGUCAAGGAUCCCGUCUUCACCAUGAACGACGUCACCCUGGAGGACGUCGACGGCGAGUUCCUCGGCGCGGACGACCGGCACCCGGUGUCCGUCAACGCCACGCUCAAUGCCGACAUCUCCAUCAAGAACCCGAACGUGGCCUCGUUCAGCUACGACCGGAGCGAGACGAGCUUCUACUACAAGGGGGAGACGGUCGGCGUGGCGUACGCACCCGACGGCGAGGUCGGCGCCGGCCGGACGGUGCGGAUGAACGUCACGCUCGACGCGCUCGCCGACCGGAUCUCCCCCAACGUCAACGUGACCGACCUCAUCUUCGGCCAGGGCCAGGACUACGACCUCACCAGCUACACGGAGAUCAGUGGGAGAGUGGGCGUGCUGGGGAUCUACAAGAGGGACCUUCACAUCAAGGUGAACUGCUCCAUUACAUUGGAGGUCAGCGCCUUUAGCUCGGUGCAGAGUAAAAAUACGGACUGUGUUGCAAACGUGAAGUGAUCGAUCACCCCUCCUGUUACUUUUUGUUCUCUAGAUCCUCCAUUUCUUUUUCUUCACACGUUUUUGAGAUGGACCCACACUGUUUUAGGGGAUUCUCAUAUAGUUAUAUCACGGUGCUCGACUUUAUGAAAGUAUAUGUAUAAAUUAAGGACAAAACUUAGCCA